GUCGCAUCUUGUAUUCUUCCCUCAAGUUCGUUGCCAACUGCUAUCGAUCAUCGCUGGCCUCACGCGCACGAAAAUCGCGACUGAUCACUUCGGACAUCGCAGCCACCCACUACCUACAACACCUUGAGCAUUGCUCUCACACUCGUAGCCAUGGCUUUCGGAGUCCAGAGAUGGGGCUCCAUCUUCCAUUCCAAGGAGAACAACGACUCCCAGAGGCAUACCAAGUGCGACUCGGGCCCGCACAAUGACAGAAAGAACCCCAACACACCGAGGCGGACAGGCACCCGGCGGCUUGCAGCUGGUAAAUCCCUUCGUGAUCUACGAGAUGCUUGGUCGCCAAAGAACAACCGUGAACCGUCCCAUAUUGUCAACGACCCCAAGUCAAACGUCGCCAUUGACUUCAUUCUGUCGCCUGACAUUCAGCGCGCGAUAUCGCAAAGUCGAUACCCGUCCCAUGUUCUCCCGGAUGUGCGUCAUCACUCGGAUCUAUUGAUGGACCUAGACUUUCUGACCCUGGACGACAACAACGAUCAUGCGCCUCCUCAAUACUCGCCACGAGCUCAUAACUCGCCUCGCUACAGUCCACCACGAGAGUUCGCCCGUUAUGGAAGUCGAUCCCCUUCGAUCGAGACCGGUCGCGUCAUGAUCAUUACCAGCCCGAGCAGCAGUCGCAGCAACUCAUACACAAGAGCUGUUCAGGAAUGGGACAAGCUACACCAACAACAGCAAUAUGCUGCCAGUCAGGAUGAAUCGAUACCUGCUCCUCUUCGCGUACGGAAGAACUCUGCAGAUUCUUUGAGCGACUCUGGCGUCUUUUGCUCAUCGCCGGCUCAUUGUACACCUCUGUAUGAGCCGGAUGCAUUUCCGUUCCGAGACUCAAUUCAUGUCGGUAUUGACUACACAUGUCAAAGCUUGUCUUCGGGCAAGCGCCGUCCUGCACGACAAAGUCAAGGACACGAACUCAGACGAGUGAAGCGCAUUCGCUUGGAGCAGCCCCUGCCGCAUCUACCUAGUUUCACAACGGCGGCAACCGAUGACGUCAGCUGUCGUCACAAGGCUGAUUCUGGCGUGGGAAGCGACUUUGGCGCGAAAGAUGAUGAUCUAUUCCAGCGAAACAUCUCCAGCUCUUCUGUGAACUCCUUUGAUUACAUGAUGGAUGUCGACCGCGCAAAUUUUGCCCCGAACGCGAAUACCAUGUCUACGUCAAGUCCGACAUAUGAGACCAUCGUUCGUGAGACGGUGGCUCCGGCUGCCAUCCACGAGACCAUCAUCGAGGACACCCACGAGAUCAAGCACGAGGUCAGCCUCAUUCAUCGUCUACGACGAUCUAAGCGUGGCUGCCGCUGACUCAUCACCCGUCGGCACAGGUCACCACACGUGAGAUUCACAACCACCACGUCUAUCAUCGCGUCCUUCCGAUCUUGGAUAUAGAAAUACUUCCCGCCCGUCACUUCAUUCGUGAUGAAAGCGAUCCCGUCAUACUUCAUGAGAUC